GCGGCGAGGAUCGCGUUCGGAGGAGGGACCUAAAAUGGCGGUGGCUGUGAGAAUUUUGCAGGAUCAGCUCGAGAAAGCAAAAGAAAGCUUAAAAAAUGUCGAUGAAAACAUUCGCAAAUUAACGGGAAGAGACCCCAAUGAGCUUAGACCUGGCCAAGCACGGCGGCUGCCCAUCCCAGGACCACCUGGUGGUCGAGGAAGAGGAAUUAAUUUGUUGCGGCGUGGUUUUUCAGAUCCCAGUGGGGGACCUCCGGCUAAACAGAGGGAUAUUGAAGGAGCCCUCCUGAGGUUGGCUGGAGAUCAGAGAGCACGUGAUGUUCGUCAUGACAGUGAUGCUGAUGAUGACGAUGAUGACCAGAAGCCUGCGGUACAGUCCUCUGUUGUUGCCACCUCCAAAGAGCGAACACGUCGAGAUCUUAUUCAGGAUCAGACCAUGGAUGAGAAGGGGAAGCAAAGAAAUCGACGCAUGUUCGGCCUGUUGAUGGGAACCCUUCAGAAAUUCAAACAGGAAUCUACAGUAGCUACAGAGAAGGAAAAAAGGCGUUUAGAAAUAGAGAAAAAGCUGGAGGUACAAGCAGAGCAAGAGCGGAAAAAAGCUGAGAAUGAGAGACGAGAGCUCUUUGAGGAAAGGCGUACAAAGCAGUCAGAGCUUAAACUUCUGGAACACAAAGUGGAGCUUGCUCAGCUGCAAGAGGAAUGGAACGACCACAAUGCUAAAAUCAUAAAAUUCAUCCGCACAAAAACGAAGCCCCAUAUUUUCUACAUUCCUGGAAAGAUGUGCUCUGCCACCAACAAGCUGUUUGAGGAGUCACAGAAAAAGAUGAAUGCUAUGUUUAAAGAGAGACAAGAAGAGUUUGCUGAGCAUUUAAACAGGAUGGCUGUACGACCCCGGCGCCAGCUUAUGAGGGACAGAAAUCAAGGGGAGAUGAAGAACGAAGAGUUUAAGAAAGAGCGUGAGCAAGGUAAUCCGGUUAGGGUGGAGGAGGAAGGAGAGAUGGAGACAGGGGCAUCUGCCGAAACAGCAACAGAAAAAACUGGAGACGUGAGCAUGGUACAGAGUGAUGGAGAAGAUCAUCAUGAGCCUCAGAUACAGGAAGUGGGUGCUAAAGCAGAUGAGGCAGAAGAAAUGGAGAUGGAAGAGCCUGUAGGGUCACUGGAAGUUAAGGAAGCAGAGGACCUGCAUCAGGAUAGUGCAGACCGUAUGGAUACUGAGUGUCAGCCAAGAGAUGAGCAGGUAAAGGCUACGAAGGGGCUUCAGGAGGACAGUCGACUUACAGUAGAGAUGGCGGUACGUCGUGAGAGUGCAGUAGAGGAUGGAAAGGAAGACAAAUUGGAGCAACCUGAGACCUUUGAGUUGGAAAGUCAGGAUAGUAGCAUGGUGGCCCAGUCUACUGAGAAACAACAUAAUGCACAGGAGACAUUGGAGCCAUCAGCAGUAGGUUCAGUGGAAAGUGCAGAAUUGGUAGAGCCUGCUGCUGACCUCAAUGUGGAGCCUCAAGUCCAUGAUCUCACAGAGCAACUCCAACCUGAGUCUACAGCCCAGCCGCAGCCAGAGGUAGUACAGGAAAUGUUGUUCAAGGAGCGUGGGGAUGAAGAUGAGGUAAGACCUGGCUCCAGACCCAAGGAGAGGGGCAAGAAGAGGAGCAAAAGCAGCAGCAGUAGCAGCAGCAGCAGCAGUUCAUCUGGCUCCAGUGGCUCAUCCUCCAGCGGUUCAUCUAGUGAAAGCAGCUCAUCUAGCGGGAGCUCUGGCAGCUCCAGCAGCUCCAGCUCCAGCAGUCGAAGCCGCAGUCAUGGCCGGGAAGGCCACGGAAAGCACAAGAGGCACCCCUCAGAGAGGGAGCGGGAUCGCAAGAAGAGCGGAGCUGACAAAGGUGGUAGCCAGGAUGCCAGGGGGUCCAGAAAGAAGAGCUCUGAGAGGAAGUCUGACAGGAAGCCAUCUGCUCCAGACAGUAGUCGAUCAGGCCGAAGAGCCUCCCGAAACGAGAGAGACCGUAAAGACAAGCGCCGUUAAAAAAAAAUUAUAUCCCACCCCCAAAGAAGAAAAGGAAAGGAAUCUCAGUUAAGAGAAAAUCUUUUCAGUGAGUGAUAUUGCCUUAUAUAUUGUGGUUUCAUAAGCUAUCUGAAACUACAGCUGGGCUUGUGGGAUGUCUUUUUUGAUGCAGAUUUAAUUUCUCAUUUUGUUUUUUGUCUUGGCUCUGAUGCAUCUUCAGAGUCCAGUGCUUCUCGAACAUUUCAGUUUGCAUCACCAGAGGACCAUUUUCCAAGUCUGUGUGCCUCUCGUCUGUUUUAAACUUGGCAAUUGUGAUGUUUAAUGAAGCAAACCUUUGAUAUUUGUCUCUAUUUUUCUCUGGAUGAUUUUGUAUUUAGAUGCCUUUAAGUAGAAGUUAAGUCAGUUGUUUACUUAUGUUUUACUUUUGUUAGAAUAUCCAGC